AUGAAUCAAUUCCUUAUUUGUUUAUUUCUUUUAUUAACAAUCAAAACGAAAGAUGUUGAAUCUUUACAUACAAGAGAUCAGUCAAGAUUUUCAAAUAAUGAUGAUGAAAAUUUGUCGGAUAAAUCAUCAAGACUUUGUGUACCUUUCGUUAAUUGUUCAUCAAAUGAAGAUGUAUACAAUUUACAACAGUUAACAAAUGAAAAAGUACAAAAUCCAGGUGUAAGAGAAGUUAUUUGUCGAAUUAUUCUUGAAAAUAAUUUUUCAUUUAAUGGUAUUCAACAAACAUAA